AGAUACGUUGGGUGUGUAGAUCGAGCGACAUCAGAAAUUUGUCAGACAUAGUUCCACAAAAUCAAUUGUGAUUUUUAAAUCGCGUCCCAAACUCGAAAAUCUGAAAACAGAUCGACGAGGUUUGCAUGCAAGGAAUCAACCAUGAAUGAUUCCGAGUUAUCAAGCAGUARGUCGUCUUCUCGGAUGGAAACUUCGUCCACCAACUACGGAGCUGGAUCGGGCUCAAGCUCGUACUACAAGUCCCUCAAAACGUACUCGAGCARGGCUGGUGGUCAUGGUGCUGGUGACAUUACACUCCAGCAAAUUUCCGAAGCAAAGGAAGUUUUUGGAGAUAUGGAAGCAGCAUACAGGCGCUUUAAAUAUGAAAUCGAAGAAGUGAGGAAGGAACAUGCUAUCGAGGUGCGCAAAUUGCAGUUGGAAAUUGAAAAUCUCAAAAGGCAAAAGCGCGUCCUUGAAGAUCAGUUGCGAGARUCCAAAGGAGAUAACAAGAAACUGAGCRAUGAACUGGCCAUGGUUCGACGCAGGCUAAUGGACAAGGAAACCGAGAACGAAAUGCUWAAACGGGAGCUAAGCAAAAAGAACAACGAAAUUGCUAGUCUCCGAGCUGAUAAACUUGAUCUCCAAAAGAGAAUCGAAAGCAUGAGUCAAGAAAUGAUCAUCAGCAGCGAUUCAACAACCAUUGUUCAAUCUGCGCCAGAUGAAGACGAUUUGUACCUUGCUCAUCAGGAGAUUUCAGCGUACGAAACAACAAUCAAGAGUUCAAGCGAAGAGAAGGAGGCACUGCGCGAUGAAAUUGCGUCACUUUCAGCAAGGCUUUCUCGGCUCCAGGGAGAUUAUGACAAGGCCAUGAGAGACCUAGAGGCAUCAAAGAGGGAUUCUGACUUGAAGGCGAGAAAGUACGAAGCUUCCCUUCAGAAYGCACAAAGACAGCGCGACGAUUUGAAGGACAAGCUUGAGAGGCUGAGAGAUGAGCUGAAGAGGACCAAGGAAUCUAUCAACGAAUAUCGUACUGACGCUUUAAACAACAAGAAGGCGGCUGACAGACUUCGUGACGAGGUUGGAUCUAAGRACAAGCAGAUACGAUYUCUGGAGWMGAAAAAURCAGAUCUAGAGGACCGGCUUGAGCWGCUUCKGCWGGAAUKKARUCAAGCUCAAAUGAAAGCUGAGAUAGAAACGAAGACAAGGCAGAAUAUGGAGCGUGAUCUUCGAAAUGCCGAAAAGAAAGUUGCAGAACUGGAAGCCACUGUUGAAAGCUUGAAGACGGAGAACGGGGACUUGCAGCGUGAGCUUUCAAUUACCUUGAAGAAACUUGCAGCAGCAGAGAACGAGCUCUCUAAAGCAACCAGCAGAAUUAAGCAGCUGGAGGUUGAAGUGACUCGYUAUCGAUCGCGUGUACGUGAGCUUGAGACAGAGAUUGAAAAUAUCUCCAGCACGCACGUGCAACUUCAAUCAACUUAUGAGUCGUCUGUCUCUGAAGUUGACGGUCUUCUUUCUAGGCUUGGUGGMACCUCAGCAAAAGUUAAUGACUUGGAGUCAUUGUACGAGAUAACUGCCAAAGAAAGAGAUGAACUGAAGCAGAACAUUGCGCCUUUGGAAAAGAGAAUUUCAGACCUGAAGAUUGCCCUGGAAAGAAGCGAGAAUACAAGAGAUGAUCUGGAAAGACAAGUGGAAGCACUGAGAAGCAAAAACACAAACCUCGAGGCAAUGCUUGAGGCAGCUCAAAAAGCCAAAGUUCAGCUUAAAUCCGACCUUGAUGCCGAAAAGGAUAGAGUGUCUAAGCUGAGAAAAGAMAUCGUGGAUCUUCAAGCAGCUCUUGCUGAUGCCCAGAGGACUGCUGAAAAGUACAAAAACGACAACGACCGUAAGAAGAAAACCAUUGAUGACCUCAAAAACACCAUYCGUCAACUCGAAGACAGGAUCAAUGCUCUUGAUAAUGAAGUCCAAGAAGUGAAYACUAAGAAUGACAUUCUUGAAGAACAGGCAAAAGAAAUGCAAGGUGACUUGAAUGAUGCAAACAAGAGAGCUCAAAUAGCCGAAGAUGAAGCCAAGCACUUAGAAGAUGAAGURGAACGCCUUAACAAAGAGCUUCAAGAUAGAGACAAGCAGAUUUCAGAACUUGAGUCCGCCUACGACACAGCUGAAAAAGAAAAGCGGGACUUCGAACAGCAAGUAUUGGCUCUCAACCAGAAAGUUAACCGCCUUGAAAAAGAACUCCAAGAUGCUCUCAAUAAAAACGCUGUUCUUGAGGAAGAUGCUAAGAAUCACCAGUCGGUGGUCGACAAGCUUCAAGACGAAGUCGAUCGUUUGAAAAACAAACUGAAUGACGCAGUCCGCCGAGCUGAUGAGGCCACGAAAGAUUCUCUCGAAAAAGAUGCAAAUAUUGAAGACCUUAAGAAUCAAAUUAGUGCCCUGGAAAAAGAAGUUGAAGAACUAAGAGCUGAUCUGAUACAUACGAAGUCGUUGCUUCAAUCCAGUGAAGACGAGAAAAGGAAGUUGUUGAUAGAACUAAAGAAAAAAGAAGAAGAAUGCAACCGUUUGAUAACUGACAUAGAAAAACACACACAGAGAAUCAACGUUCUUGAAGGGGAAUGCAUGGUCGUGAACAGCCAGAUCGAAAAUGUCCAAAGUAGCUAUACUGAUUUCAUGGAUUCCUCGUCUGGAAUGGAAGGCCUCUUGGAAAGUGAAAAGGAAAAGGUGGCCCUGUUGGAGAAGGAACUCUUGGGACUCAGGAACAAAGUUCAAAGCUUUGAUGAACGAGACGCUCUCAAGCAAAAAGAAAUUGAUAGACUCAAAGCCGAAUUGGAAGCAGCCGAUGAGAAAAUUGCAGAUCUCUUGAAAGAAGUUCAGCGGCUUGAAGGAGAAAAAGACGAAAUCAACAGAAAUUUGCUUGUCGCUCAAAGCAAAGUUAAUGAGCUCGAAAGUGACCUUGAAGCUGCAGUGGAAGACAGAAAGAAGGCAGAGGAUGACUUGUACGACUUGCAGACAAAGAUAGGUAAGCUGGAGAAUCAAAUAGACACAUUAAGAAAACAAAAUCAACAGCUCAAAGAUCAACUGAAAGAUGCCAACAAUAAGCUUGUUCCAGCAAAGGAACGUAUUGCCAUUUUGGAAGCAGAAAACACUCAGCAAAAGAAACAAAAUGAUGCCUUGAAUAACGUCAUCACCAAGAAAGACAAAGUGAUCAGUGAGUUAAACAACAAGAUUAAGAAGCUUCAGAAGGAUUUGGAAGACGCCAAACGUGAUGUCUUAGCUGCCAAUGUAAGUGCCGACGCGGCCAGAGAGGAAAAGAAGGAGCUUGAGCGCAAGAACAAAGUUCUAGCUGACCGUAUCGAGCAGUUAGAAAGAGAAAUUAAAGAUCUGAAGGAACAAAGAAAUGCUCUUGACAAUGAACUCAGCAGCAAGAAUCACAAGCUAGCUCUUUUGGAGGGACAACUUGCAAGCGUGAGGAAAGAGCGAGAUAACCUGAAAAUCGAGCUCGACAACCUAAAUGCAGCCUUCCGAAAGCUGAAGGAAGACUAUCUCACUGUAUUAAGUGACUUGAAGGCAAGAGAAAGAGAGGUGGAAUCCAAGGACAAGAUAAUAAAGGAGAAAGACGUAAUGAUUGAAAGACUCAGAAAUGGGAAAGCAGCUUCUGAUGAAGAACUAGCAAAACUGAGAAAAGAAUUGAUGAACACCAAAAAUGAAUUGGAAAGCACCUUGAGCAAACUGAAAACAUUGGAGGAAACCUACAAGAACACCAACCUCAAUCUUAGCAAACUUGAAAUCACAAUCAGCAAUUUGAACAAGGAAAGGCAAGAGAGAGAUUCUGUAAGUUCCACCCACGACACUCGCUAUUAUGAAAUCGAGACUCUCUAUAAAGCAAGCCAGGACCGUGAAAACAGGUUUAAACAGGAGCUGCAGUCAUACAAAAACCGCUAUGAGAGGUUGGAAGCCGACUACCAAAAACUUCAAAAAGAAAAUGUCGACCUUCGAGCCAUGGUCAAUUCUCUCAACAAGAAGAUACGAGACCUUGAAGCUUUUAAAAAUCGCAUAGAAAAGGAGAAGCAAGCCCUGAAAGCAGAGUUACUUAAGGUAAAUAAUGAACUUGCCGACUUGGAAGUUCAAAUGGAUAGCACCAUGAAAGAAAACGAAUCCCUGAAUAAUCAGCUCCAGGAUGCACAAGACCGGCUCGAGAAAGCUCGAAACGAUAAUCUUGACUUGCAACAGAAGAACGUAGAGCUUAAGAUGGAGGUUGAGGCCUUGGAAAGAGAAGCAACUGAAAAAGAUAACACCAUUAACAGUCUUACCGCUAGCAAAGAGUACAUAGAGGGACAGCUAGAUAGUCUCAAGAAACAGCUGGCUGCCAUGAAGGAUGAGAACGAUAAUCUGAAAGAAGAAAAAGCAAGUCUCCAGCAAGAAAUUCUUGACUUGACAAAUAAGAUCAAUGAGCUUGAAAACCUCCUUGCAAGAAUUUCUGGGGAAAGAGAUCGCCUUCUGGAGGAUCUUAGAACCAGCGCGAACAAGAUUAAUAUUCUUGAACAACAAAUUCGUGAUCUCCAAAAGGACAAAGAAGGAUUAAAUGACAAGAUAGAGGAUUUGAAAAGGCAGCUCAAUGCCCUUAGAGAAGAGAAGAACCUUAUUGAGCGAGAGUUGAACGAUCUCAAGAGUAAAAUUGAUUAUUACAUCAAAGAGAUCGAUGGCAGGGAUCGCACAAUCGAGGAGAUGAAAAAUAGGUGCGAUGAGCUAGAGAGGGAACUUGAUUCCUUAAAGAAGAAUAUGCGACGCCUGGAAGCAGACUACGAGGCUGCGCAACAGAAGAUUCGUGAUCUUGAAAAGUCUCAUUCGUCGGUUACUGAUCGUCUCACAAUCAUCGAAAAUGCAGGUGAUGGUCAUCGUGAUAAGGCUAGACGCCUUGAAGAGGAGAACAUCAACCUUAAGAGAAGAGUUGCCGAAAUGGACAUUGCAAACAAGGUGAGCAGCGAAAAAGAAUUUGAUCUGCAACAAAAACUGAGCCAAGCAAAUGAGCAAAUCAUAAACAUAGAAAGCCAAAGACCUGUCGAAUCAGGAAUCACAAUGAUGUCAGAAGUAGUUGUGGAGUCUUCUCAAGACGAUAUGGAAGUAGAGAUGCUGAGAUCUGACCUUGAAUCUCUUAAGACUAAGUACAACAAACUUGAGAGACAAAACAAGAGCCUAACAGACGCUAAUGCCAAGCUACAAGCAGAGCUCGGUAACAGAGACAAGAAAAUAAAGGACCUAGAAGACGAGAUCUUAGACCUCAAGCGGGUGAUCCAAGAAUUGAAAACCAAACUGGCUCAGAUGGGAGAUCAAACAGAUGCUCCUGGAAUCAUAGCCUCCUUGAGAACCCAGAAAAAUAACUUAGAGCGUGAUAACAAUAUGCAUAUUCAAGAACUGAACUCACUACGCGCACAGUUAGUAGAGUCCAAGAAACGAAAAGAUGAUCUUGAAGCCGAACUUCAAAAGCUCAGGAGAGAAUUGGGGGAUGUUAAACUUAAACUCCAAAUCACAAUAACCGAGAAUGAUAACCUCAACGCCGAGUUGAUAAAUGCACAGAAAAAGAUUGCCAGCUUGGAGGAAGACUAUCACAGGUCUAUGCAAGAAAUUGCCAAACUCCGUGGUGAGCUAGAUGAAACUCGUGUUCAACUUUCAAGGGCAAAGGAAGACAUGUUUGAAGCACAACGAGCUGCAAGUGAUUUGGCUUUGCAAGUUGAUGCAUUAAGGAGGGAGAUUGCUGACAAAAACAACCAACUUCAGUGGCAUGAAAACAACGAAAAGCAACUACAGAACGAAAUAUUUGAUUUGAAGCAAAAGAUUGCCAAACUUCAAGAAAGAAUUGAUGAGUAUGCUGAUCAAGUAACUUUGCUAAAUACCAAAGUCCACGAAAAAGAGACGAAGAUUGCUGAGCUCGAGCAUUUCCUAAAUCUUGCUCGUGAUGAAAACGAUCGGCUUAGAAAGGAGUUGGCCACAGCCAAUGCAAAUGCCACAGAUUUCAAGAACAAGUACCUAAAUGCUCUAAAGGACAUUGAGAGGCUCCAGAACGAGCUUAAUGUCAAGAACCAGAAAAUAUUCUACUUGGAAAACCGCGUGAAGACGCUCGAAGCUGACAAGAACCGCUUCAAGAUGGAGAUCAACAGUCUUAAGAAAACAAUUUCCCAACUGAGAAUCGAGAUCGAAACCCACCGCCAAGAGAAAGACAGACUUCAUGGUGAUUUAGUGAUUGUAUCUAACCAAGCCAGUGAAGUGCAAUCAGCACCACCUUCAGGCAUGUCUAUCGACAUCGACAUCUCAACCUCCAAGAGAUACAAAGAUUUGGAUGGCGCCUACAAGAAGUUAAAAAUGAGCAAGGAACUUUUGGACAAUGAGAUGGUUUCACUGCGAAAGAGACUUACAAAGACAGAGAACGAUCUAUCAAAUGCCAACCGCGAGAAGAACAUCCUCGAUGGCCAGAGUGCCUGGAAAGACAAGAGAAUCAAAGAAAUGGAAGAAGCUCUGAAUGAAUUGCAAUCCAAGGAUAGGGUUGAUGCUGACGAAGCUUUAGAAUGGAAGAAGAGGAAUGCCCAACUUGAGCAAGAGGUGCAAAAUCUUAAGAACAAAGUGACACGUUUGGAGACCUACAACGAGACCUUUGAGAACAAAAUUAAAGAUCUGACUGAUGAAAUUGUGAACGCCAGGCACAAAAUAGCACAGCUUGAAGCCCAGAGCGACGAAGCUCAGCGUAAUAUCGAAGCCCAGCAAAAAGAGCUUUUAGAUGCCUAUAAGAAGAUAGCUGAACUGGAAGCAGCAUUACAAAGUGCCCAAAAUGCAAAGGGAGAACUUCAACGCGAUAAGCAAAAUCUGCAGAACAAGAUCAAUGCUCUGGAGGACGAACUUCAAAAUGAAGCUAAAACUCAAGCUCAGCUCCGUGGAAUCCUUGACCAGAAUAAAACCAGGAACGAAGCCCUAAAGGCUGAAAUUGCCAAGCUGCAACAGAAGCUUCGUGACCUACAGCAAAACUUUGAUGCUCAAGUUGCUGAACAUGCUGAAAGAAAAUACACUGUUGAUCGCUUGGAAGAUGAAAUCAAGAAUCUUUUGGCAGACAACGACAAGCAGAGGAAAGAAAUUGCAAUGCUAAGGAACGAAUUGGAAAAUCUGAUGUCAGAAAAACGCGACUUGCAGGGUGAUUUGUUGAGGGCUGAACCACAAAUAACUGACCUUACGACUCAGCUACACAACUCUCGCGAUGAAAACUCGAGAUUGAAAAUUGAGAUAGAGACACUGAGGAAUCAAUUACAAGAAGCAAGAAGCCGCUACGAGAAAGUCGAGACCGAAACUGUUAUCCGUGAAGCUGCCGGCGGACAGCUUGAAUCUGGAGUAGACAUGUUUGCCAGUAUGGAUGAUGAUGUAGAUGGAUUACGUGCUGAGAAAGAUCGUCUAGCUUCUGAUGCAACUUCCUGGCAGAACAAGUUCAACACUCUGCAGAAGAAUUUCGAUGACAUCAGCAUAGAGAARCAAAGACUAGAGGAAAGACUUGCCACCAUGCAGAAGACUAUCAACCACCUCGAAAACACCAACCAAGGUCUUUCUAAUGACAAGAACAAGCUGUUCCACGACUUUGAAACUUCAAAGAGAAAGAUUAGCGACUUACAGAACGACCUUGAUAACUGUCGAUUCGGCAAGGACCAACUUCAGGCUGAAAACGAUGUUCUUCUAAAGCGUGUGGCACAGCUGGAAGCGGAAAUCGACAUUCAAUCCAAAUCAAACAUCGAAGACUACGAUGACUCCUCAUCGUAUGCCGUUCUCCAAGCAGCUUACAAGCGCUCUCAAGAACGAGAGAAUGAACUUCAGGCUGAGCUUCUGAAUGCCUACAAGAUGAACGCUAAACUGGACAACGAAAACAAGACAUUGCAUGAGAAGUUUGCUGCACUUGAAAUCAAAAACAAGAAUUUGAUCUUAAAGAGUGAUGCCUUGAAGGAUGAUAUCAUCACUUUGCAGAAGAAGUUAUCCGAAAUUGAAGAGAAGUACGAUCUUACUCGAGAGAGAAACGAGGAACUUGAGGAUGAGCUUACAGUUUUGCAGCAUCGCAUGGGUGAGAUUGACAACGACAACAAGUUCAAUCAACAAGGCAAAGCCGAGUACCAAGUUGAAAUCACAAAAUUGCAAAACAAGCUGAGUCGCGUGGAAACAGCUCUCGAAGACUGUAACCGUGGUAAAGAAUCCCAGCUUUCUCAGAUCUCGAUGCUCAGAAGUAAAGCCGAUGCCCAAGUGGAGGACCUUUUGAACCAAUUGAAGGACUGCAAGAGUCGCUGUGAAAGUUACCGCUAUCAAGUGGAUAAUCUCCAACGACAAUUGACCAUGUCCAGUAUCCAGUCCUCUAGUGUAAGUACCACAAUGAGUUCCCCUCAAGUGACUGUCACAAGACGAAAGUACAUCGCAACAGAUUCUAGUGGUGGCUCACCUUCUAGAACAUCCUACACUACUAGGACGGAAGCCAAGGGAGCAGGAUCAGGAGGGGGUGAUGUAAGCGGUUCUACUGAGAAAUCUCUGCAAGAUUUCUUUAGCAGUGAUACUCCAAAGGAAGAAUCAACUGGCUUGGAAUUUAGUGAUGAUGACGACGACGAACCCGAGGUGACUACCAAGAGGGUAGUGGUCAAGUCAGCAAGGACCGCUAAGAAGUAAAAGCACUUGCAAGCUAAGAGAAUAUACUGUAAUGAACACUGUUUCUCCAGUUUCUCCUUUUGGACAAAUUGAUUUAGCAUAAUUAGCAAUUAAAUAAUAAAAACUAGCACCAAGUGCAGUACACCAAAUUCAAAAGUUUUUGUCGGGUUAAAAAGAUUAAAUCAUAGAAGCUGAGGUCGAAAGGUCUAUUGGGUAAAGAGUGGAUUGGGAUAAUAAUUUUGCUGCUAUUGCACAUAAAUUCAAGUUACCGAAAAAAACCUUUUCUCACUCUUUAUGCAAGUGUCUGUAUGCAAACACUCUCCGAAUGCCCCGGAUAUCAACUACCCAGAAAUACCCUCGGUCUUAGCUUUGAUAAUAUAGCUUUUUCAAGCUGACAACAAUUUUUGAAUUUGGUGUAUACCAAAGUUUUUACAUUGCCAUUUAUCUCCAUGACAACGCACCAUAGUUCCCUGAAUGCCYCUGAAUGAAUAUUUUGAUUUCGGAUUUUGCUCUCCCAACAAACCCUUCCCUGUAGAUGAAAUUUGGAUCGCGGCAGAUCGCGACACAUUUGGUUUUACAAGAUAAAAUUAGGGCAAUUUAACUUGAUAAAUUAAAUAUCAUGGUAAUUUUCAUCUUUUUUGCAGUGUUCUUUAAGGAAAAUAAAUAGAAUGAGUUUUAAAUUGCUAAAUGAUUAUGUUAAGACCAAGUUGCAUUGGUUGAAUGCAACAAAAAAUUGGUCAAAUAUUUUUGGAAUAGYAUUUUGAAGAUGUGCACUAGCAAUACACGUUUGCUUUAACGAUUGUUUUUCAAUGAUAAUUUAGCCAGUCUUGCAGUAGUUUGUUCUUGGGUAUGCUGUCACUGAAGACUUAUAGAGACGGUGAUUCUUUUUGAAAGAAAAAAAAGGGAAGCUCGUGAUCAUGAAUGGAACUAAUUUCAAGCAAAACGUCGCUGUUAUCGAAUAUAGAUGUGACAGUGUCCCCAAGAAAAAUGCUACGCAUGCACCAACAGGCAAGAAAAUGUUAAGUAGGACAAUAUAUGUUUGGAGGGGCAUUAAAAAACUAAGUCUUAAUAAACAUCAGUGAUAUGUAGGUCCUUUGCCCGAGUAUUGUAGUUAACAAAACCAAGGGACUAGGUUUAAUUUGUUUUGCAUCGGAUCUCAUAUUAGGAUGUUAUUCUUAAGUUCUAGAUAAUAACAAAUGCCAUCCAUUUAAAUUAAAGAUUUUUGCGAGUCA